UAUUUUCUUAUCUACCUUCCCCUCUCAAGAGGCAACGCACUUUUGAGGAGUAUAUCAACUAUUAUCGACUUGUAUCAUUUACCGACAGGAGUGAUAUUGAACUACAUUCGCAACGUUUAUCGAGAUGAGAUCACUCGAGAGAGCAUCUGUAGAUUGAACAAGAGCUAAACUUGUGUAAAAAGCUCAUGGUUAACGGUUUAUCCGUAUCGUUUACAUUUUCAUUGAAGUCGGUGGCUCUUGAUGUUCUCAUUUGAAUGAGUUUGUUGUAUGCUUGAGCGGAUUACGCUGGAUAAAAAAAAAGCUGACGGUCUUCAUUCAUCUCGCUCCAUUCGAUCAGUGUGUGCGCAACAAGCAAACCAGACAGACGUGUGAUCAGCAAACGGCGCUAAAACAAAUUUUCAAGUUUUUCCCUUCUACCUCUCAAACUCUGCCCAGUAUCAGACUCCACUAAAUAUUGCGUGCAGUGGGAGGAAAAGAAGGAGGAGGGAGGAUUCCAACUGAUGCCUGCCAGGAUUUGUGAGCGUCGAGACCUUGUAACAAGGAACACGUGUGAAAUAGGAGCGGGAUCAACUGUAAAGUGAUACGCCGAGUGGCGUGUAGAAAACAUCGAAGGUGAAACCCCAAUUUGAGGAAACGUAAAGCAGACAUGAGACUGGAGUUUCAUCAUAGUCUAUACCAAGGGUUGUGAAAUGAGCUCCAAGUAACUUAUCAUUGCGGUGAAUGAACUGGGAUUGAUUAUUAACACUUAAAUGUCAUCUCAUGUUACUUGGAGAAUAGUUUGGAUGUCUGAGGGAAGAUAUUUGAUGUUCUGAUGUGGAAAUUAAUCGGUUGUCAUGGCAACGUGGAACAUCAUCCUUUCCAUUUUUGUGUUGUGGGGCUGGUGUAGUGGCAGCUAUGGACUCGGAGUGCAUCACGCGAAGAAACAGGGACAUUGUGAGAGGAUAACCAUUGAUUUCUGCCAAGGCAUUGGGUAUAACAUGACCAAGAUGCCCAACCUAUUUGGACAUGUAACGCAGAGUGAAGCAGCGCCGAGCAUCCACGAGUUCCGUCCCCUGGUCGUCGUCGGUUGCGCCGAGCAUCUUCGUCUCUUUCUCUGCUCGAUGUACGCCCCUAUGUGCUCUGAGCACAUCGAUGUCCGGAUCCCAUCUUGCCAGAGUAUGUGUGAAGAUGUGAGAAGGAAAUGCGAGCCAGUGAUGGCCCGUUUUAGUUUCGGCUGGCCCGAGAGUAUGAACUGCGACAAGCUUCCUCGAGGGAAAGACCUGUGCAUGGUUGCCCCCGACACCGCUGAUGUCGGAGAAGUCAUUCCGACCUACGAUCCCAUCUACAACAACGGAGGGGGGCCUGAUGAUAACAACCAAUCUGGUCCGCCUGAAGAUGGUGAGAGGGGAUCGAAUGAGACGUCAUUGGCACCGCCGACUUGCAUCAAUCCUAAGAAAUUUGUCUUCGUGUCGCAAACGAACUCCUGUGCGCCGAGGUGCGACGUCGACGUCUAUUUCCAACGAUCCGACAAGGAAUUUACAGAGAUGUGGAUGGGUGUCUGGGCAAUCCUCUGUUUCGUCUGCACCUCCAUCACCGUCCUCACUUUUCUGAUAGAUCGUGGUCGUUUUAAGUACCCAGAAAGACCUAUCAUCUUCUUAUCUAUGUGCUACAACAUCUAUUCCAUCACAUACAUUGUUCGACUUAUUGUUGGCCCACAGGCCGUUGCUUGUGAGAAGACGUCAAGCGGCGUUCCAUACUUGAUCCAAGAGGGUCUUGACAGCACUGGAUGUACCAUCGUGUUCCUGUUCCAGUACUACUUCUUCAUGGCCUCGUCGAUUUGGUGGGUGAUUCUGACGUUGACGUGGUUCUUGGCAGCUGGGAUGAAAUGGGGUUAUGAAGCCAUAGCAGCAUACAGUAGCUACUACCACGUUGUUGCUUGGGCAUUGCCAGCUUUAAAGGCCGUCAUCGCCCUCUUCAAACGUCGCCUCGACGCCGACGAGCUGACUGGAAUGUGUUACAUUGGAAACCACGACCCCGAUGUUCUUACAUACUACGUUCUCGUCCCGCUUUUUAUUUAUUUCGCAAUCGGGACCCUUUUCAUUCUUGCUGGAUUUUUCUACCUAUUUAGGAUUCGCAAAGUCAUGAAAAAUGGCGGCACCAAUAUUGACAAGCUAGAGAGGUUAAUGGUUCGUAUUGGGAUCUUUUCAGUACUCUACACAGUGCCUGCUACUGCAGUGAUUGCUUGUUAUUUCUAUCAGAGAUCGAACAUGGAUUACUGGAGGAUUGUAGCAGAACACGCCCCUUGCCAGCCCCUUCCACCAGAACAAGGAGGGGGUUGUGCCCCCAUGAAUUAUUCCAUCCCAUCCGUCCCCGUUUUAUCAGUGAAACUCUUCAUGUUACUUGUGGUGGGCAUCACGAGUGGUAUGUGGAUUUGGAGUUCAAAAACCGUGCAAUCGUGGCAGAAAUGGCUCGGCGGAUGUGCCCUUUUUAAACCAGCACAGAAAUCAUCAUUUCAACAGCAGCAGUUAAAGCAGCAACAGCAGCAGCAGUAUCCAAAUGGGGGAACGCCGAACAAAGGGAACAGGGCCCCGACGCCCCGGGGGAAGUAUCCAACAAUAAAUGGCAACAACAGAAGCACUGGGAUCGUUUACAGUUCUGUGAACGCAAGCAGUGCCAUUGUAUGACGCUUGAAAGGGAUAUGUACUCCAAAGAGUUUUUCCUUCAUUUUUAAAGAGAGAUUAAAUGUAUAUUGUGUUCACAAACGGCUAUUAAACCAUCGAGAGUUUUUUCUUUCGACAACGGUCACAUGUUAUUAUUCCCGACGUCGACCCUCUCUUUGGUUCACCCUGUAAAUCUAAACAAGACAUCUCGUUUUUAUAGCUUCUUGUAAUGUAAUUACAUCGAGUCUGUAUUGUAGGAUGUGUUUUGUACCGAUUUGCAUGCAAAGUGGGACAGUUUUGUUACAUUGUAUAAAUAAGUUUCGAAUAUGUAUCAUUUGCAAUGAAAUGAGUUUGUCAUUGGCGUGGCGUCCACUAUAGCGUUCUUGAGAUAGUAAUUAUCUUACUAUACAAUUUUGUUGAUGUUGCUAGAGAAAAUUGUUAUGAAAUGGCAUUGGUUCCUAGCUCAAUUCCCCUUCCAUUAUCAAUGUACGUUUGUCAAUCUCCCAAAUAUACACUUUUUAUUUCGUGAUGUUUAUAUCUUCCAUUUUCUGGGAAUUACUGGUUUGAUAUUCUGUUGAGCUAAUGUAAUGGACAUUGGGGAAUGAAUAGUGCGCAGUAUUAAAUUCAUACGAAAUAUUAUGUUUAUCAUAUCAAAACAUCCCCAAAUUAGCAAUGCCUUUUUCAAAUUUGCCCCCACUUUUCCCUUUAAUUUGAGGUGAUGGUCUCUGACUGAGGCAUUGGAAUUAUUCUGUUUUAUCAUCCCCCUAAUCCGCCACAUCCAAUCAGAAUGAUCAACUUAAUUCAAGGCUUUCAAUAGAAUCGAUUGAGAAAGCUGGUCGAAUUGAUUUCAUACCCCAGCGACCCCCGUUCACGCCUAGCCUGAUCCCUCCAACCCCCAAUACCACCACCACUUGACAAUGACAUUGGUAUAACCGGAUUUCACACUCGGGCCACCUGUACGCGUUAGCAGAGACACUCCACGAUUCUUAUCCCGCUGCGAUUUUUAUCAACAUUGGCUCUUUCACAGAGUUUCGGCAACAAUGGCGUCAUUGGCGUGCGCCCCUUGGGGUCCUUGUUUAUUUAUUUCAAUUCCAUAAUUUUCCCUUUACCCCCACUUCUUUAAUUUUCCUCACUUUUUGUCAUUCAUGCUUUGGAGGAAGUUUCCGCCCAAGUA